AUGUUAUCAAAAAAAGAAUACGAAGAUACAUUAUGGAAAUACAACAACAUUCCGAACUCAAUAACUGGACAAGCUCGAAGAAAUAUUAAACAAGUAUAUCGAAAAAAACUUAAUGAACAUUAUUAUGCUUCAAAUUAUCCACCAUUUGAACCAUCACCAUAUGAAUUAAUUUUUAUUAAUUAUAGAACAGCAGAGAAAACAUUAAUUCAAUUAACUAAACUUAUUAAUUCAUGUACAUUAUUUACCAUCGAUACAGAAUCUAUAACUGUAUACAAAAAACCCAAUAAACCAGCACUUAUUCAAAUACAAAUCAUUACACGUGAAUUAAAUUCAUAUAUAUUAAUUAUUGAAGUUCAUCAUUUACCAAGACCACAUGUUCCAACUUUUUAUUUAAUUCAACAACUAUUUGAAUCAUUAUUUCAACCGAAAAAUACAAUUUAUGUAUGGGGUGUGAUUGAUGAACUAACAAAAUUUACUGAAUUUAAUUUAUUCUCAUCUGACCAAAUUACAUUAUCACACAAUAUUAAUUUACAAAAUGAAUUCAAAUUAUAUUGGUAUAAACAUCAUCCACAUAUACAAACAUCAUCAACAACUACUCAAACAUGUAUAUGUGAAGCAUGCAUUGGUAUACAAGAAAACAACCCGUGGUCCAUACAAGCGGCAACAGCAUAUGAAUUACACAAAUGGUUAGACAAACGUCAUACAUGUUCAACAUUUGACAUUGGUUUAGACCCAAAAUUAGUUCGAUUAAAUUCUAAAGAAUUAGAAUAUCGUCAAUUAAUAACUGACUAUGCUGCAAAUGAUUGUGAUACAAUGUAUCAACUUCUUAUUUCUACGGAUAUAAUUAACCAACAAUCAUCACAAUCAUUAACAAUCGAACCAACAACAAAUAAUAAUUUAGAAUUAAUAUUAUUUAAUACCAAUGAACAAAAUGAACAAGAAUUAAUUGACGAACAACAACUCAAAAUAACUUCAUCCACAACAACAUUUGCAACACAUUAUGAAUUUCAAAUACCAUCACUUCAUGAUAAUGAACCUAUGGAAUCAUCAACACAUUAUGAUGAACAAAUGUCAGAUGAUAAUAAUGAACAACAACUUCAACAAACAUCAUCUAUUGAACCUAAUAUUAAAUCUAAACAACGUACUCAACAACUAACAGAAGAAGAAAAACGUAAAAUACAUAAUCGUACAUGCACUCGUAAACAACGUAUACGAUAUUAUCGAAAUGAAAUUCAACGUCGAAACAUCGAUAAACGAUUUAAGAUUCGAAAUAUAAAACGUAUUCUUCGACAACAUCGAAUUCCAAUUACAGCUGUUAACUUCUCAACCUCACCUAUGACUCAUCAACGUACAUUACAUGUUGGGAUAAAGGAUAUAUCAAAAAAAGAAACAUAUGAAAUUGAAAUUCAAAAUUUAUUUACCGAUAAACAUUAUGAACAACUUCAAUAUAAAAAACAACAUCAUCAUCAUCAUGCAGAUCGUCAUCGACAUGAACAUCGUCGUUAUCGUCCUCGUCGUACAUAA